CAAGGUCAGUCCUCCAAAAUUAGCGCCAACUGUUGUGCACUGAAAACAUUUACAUUGGGAAAUAACGGAAUCUGGAGAGCUGGGAGCAUUAAGUAGUCCGCCAUGCACUUCGGGCAAAGUGGGGUGAAUAUUCUCUUGAGCCAUGUUAUAGAAGACUAUUGGGUUGUAGGACUGUAUGAGGAGGCCUCUGUGUUUCUCUAGAGGCAGAGAGGAUCGCUGCUGCUGUUUGGAGCCAUGGAGAAGAUGUCGCGGGUAACCACAGCCCUGGGCGGCAGUGCAAUCAGCGGACGCACCAUGUUCUGCCACCUGGACGCGCCCGCCAACGCCAUCAGUGUGUGCCGCGAUGCCACACAGGUGGUGGUGGCCGGCCGCAAUAUCUUCAAGAUCUACGGCCUGGAGGAGGAGCAGUUUGUGGAGAAGCUCAACCUGCGCGUGGGCCGCAAGCCCUCGCUCAACUUCAGCUGCGCCGACGUCAUGUGGCACCAGAUGGAGGAGAACCUGCUGGCCACGGCUGCCACCAACGGGGCGGUAGUCACCUGGAACCUGGGCAAGCCGUCGCGCAACAAGCAGGAUCAGCUGUUCACCGAGCACAAGCGCACGGUCAACAAGGUGUGCUUUCACCCCACCGAAAUCUACAUGCUGCUCAGUGGCUCCCAGGAUGGCUACAUGAAAUGCUUCGACCUGCGCAAGAAGGAGUCCGUUAGCACAUUCUCAGGUCAGUCGGAGAGUGUAAGAGAUGUUCAGUUCAGCAUGAAGGAUUACUUUACUUUUGCUGCUUCCUUUGAGAACGGUAACGUCCAGCUGUGGGACAUCCGGAGGCCUGACCGGUAUGAGAGGAUGUUCACAGCCCACACCGGCCCUGUGUUCUGCUGUGACUGGCACCCCGAUGACAGGGGUUGGCUGGCCACUGGUGGCCGGGACAAGAUGGUGAAGGUGUGGGACAUGACCACCAACCGGGCCAAAGAGAUCUACUGCGUCCAGACCAUUGCCUCGGUGGCACGGGUCAAGUGGCGUCCUGAGAGGAAGUGGCACCUGGCCACCUGCUCCAUGAUGGUGGACCACAACAUCUACGUGUGGGAUGUCCGACGGCCCUUCAUCCCCUUUGCCACCUUCGAGGAGCACAAGGACGUGACCACGGGCAUCGUGUGGCGCCACCAGCAUGACCCCUAUUUUCUGCUGUCAGGCUCCAAGGACAGCACACUCUACCAGCACAUGUUCAAGGACGCCAGCCGGCCCGUGGACCGGGCCAACCCCGAGGGGCUGUGCUUCGGCCUGUUUGGCGACCUUGCCUUCGCCGCCAAGGAGAGCCUCAUCAGUGGCGACUCCAACAGGAAACCCUACCCGGGUGGCGACCGCCGCUACCCAAUCUUCUUCUUCAAGAAGCCCGAUCUGACGGAGCAGUUUGCCCACGUGUCCAGCGCCCUCAGCGUGUUCGAGUCGUCUCUGGAGAGCAGGCGCAUGGACUGGUUUGUCAAGACGGCGCGCCUCUACCUCCUCGGCGGCAAACCCUUCACCGAGCUGUGCGACCACAAUGCCAAGGUGGCCAAGGAGCUCAACAGACCUCAGGUUUCUACUACAUGGACAAUGCUUCGGCUCAUGUUCUCAGAUCCAGCGACCCUCUCGACACCUGGUCCAAAUAACAUCAGCAAACUGGGCAACCUUCCUUUAAUGAACAGUUUCAGUAUGAAGGAGAUGGGGACGGAGAGCAGGCUGGACCGUAGUAAAGGAGAGAGCAGACAGGACAACAUUCACCUGGAGCCUGGGAACUCGCUCAUCAACAGCAACAACGACGAGAAUGAGGAGACCGAGGGGAGUGAGGGACAGGCGGAGUACAUGUUUGGUGACGCUGAGCUGGAUGACGAUGACCUCUACUCUAUGGAGCACGAAAUCCAGGCCGUGGAAGAACAGGAGUACACGCUCCCCCAGGAGGCCUUCCCGCUGCGCCACGAGAUCAUGGACAACCCGUCGGUCCCGGAGCACCUGCAGCAGGACAAGGCCGACUCGCCGCACGCCAGCGGCAACGAGGCAGAGGUCAUGUGCCUGACGCCCAUAGAGUCCCUCUCCCUGAUCGCCAUCUCGCAGCCGCUGUUCAGCCCCCACCUCCCUUCCCGCUUUUUCUGCCCCGUGGUCAGAGAGAUGCUGAGCCACUACGCCGAGCAGGGCGAUGUGCAGAUGGCGGUCUCGGUGCUCAUCGUCUUGGGAGACCGCAUCCGCAAGGAGAUCGACGACCUCACUCAGGAGCACUGGUACAUGUCCUACAUUGACUUGCUGCAGCGUUUCGAGCUGUGGAACGUGUCCAACGAGGUCAUCAAGCUGAGCACUUGCAGCGCCAUCACCUGUCUGAACCAGACAUCCACCACACUGCACGUCAACUGCAGCAACUGCAAACGGCCCAUGAGCAACAGGGGCUGGAUCUGUGACCGGUGCCACCAGUGUGCCAGUGUUUGUGCUGUGUGCCACCAUGUGGUGAAGGGGCUGUUUGUGUGGUGCCAAGGCUGCAGUCAUGGCGGGCACCUGGAGCACGUGAUGAACUGGUUAAAGAGUAAUUCUCACUGCCCGGCUGGCUGCGGACACCUGUGUGAGUACACCUGACCCUCAGCUCCACCCCCUCCCAGCCAGCUCUCUGUGAGACGGGGAGCACCUCACCUGGCUCACGCUGGCCUGGGUCUCACACUCCAGGCUGGCCUCUCCAAAGACUGGGGUCCACAGGGGGGUGGCCAUUGUAGCAGGAUGACUGUAUUGGAAGAUAGGUCGGUAAGACUGGAGUCCAAUUCAUUAAACCAGUCGGAGAGGAGAACAAGGGAUCAUGUACCUACCAUAUGGAGCACUGUUAAGUUUGAGAUGGGCCCGCUGGCCUUUUCAGUGCUCACUUUGACUAUGACAGAAACUCAAAGUUAAGUGAACACAAUAAUGUAUGUGUGUAUGUAUAUAUACAGUUGAAGCUGGAAGUUUACAUACACCUUAGCCAAAUACAUUUAAUACAUUUAGUUUUUCUCAAUUCCUGACAUUUAAACCUAGUACAAAUUCCCUGUUUUAAAUCAGUUAGGAUUACCACUUUUAUUUUAAGAUUGUGACAUUUCAGAAUAAUAGUAUAGAGUGAUUUAUUUCAGCUUUUUUCUUUUAUCACAUUCCCAGUGGGUCAGAAGUUUAUAUAGACUCAAUUAGUAUUUGGGAGCAUUGCCUUUAAAUUGUUUAACCUGGGCCAAAUGUUUUGGGUAGCCUUCCACAAGCUUCCCACAAUAAGUUGGGUGAAUUUUGGCCCAUUCCUCCUGACAGAGCUGGUGUAACUGAGUCAGGUUUGUAGGCCUCCUUGCUCGCACACGCCUUUUCAGUUCUGCACACAAAUGUUCUAUGGGAUUGAGGUUAGGGCUUUGUGAUGGACACUCCAAUACCAUGACUUUUUUGUUCUUAAGCCAUUUUGCCACAACUUUGGAAGUAUGUUUGGGGUCAUUGUCCAUUUGGAAGACCCAUUUGCGACCAAGCUUUAAUUUCGUGACUGAUGUCUUGAGAUGUUGCUUCAUUAUAUCCACCUAAUUGUCCUUCCUCAUGAAGCCAUCUAUUUUGUGAAGUGCACCAGUCCCUCCUGCAGCAAAGCACCCCCACAACAUGAUGCUGCCACCCCCGUGCUUCACGGUUGGGAUGGUGUUCUUCAGCUUGCAAGAAUCCCCCUUUUUCCUCCAAACAUAAUGAUGGUCAUUAUGGCCAAACAGUUAUAUUUUUGUUUCAUCAGACCAGAGGACAUUUCUCCAAAAAGUAUGAUCUUUGUCCCCAUGUGCAGUUGCAAACCAUUGUCAGGUUUUUUAUGGCGGUUUUGGAGCAGUGGCUUCUUCCUUGCUGAGCGGCCUUUCAGGUUAUGUCGAUAUAGGACUUGUUUUGCUGUGGAUAUAGAUACUUUUGUACCUGUUUCCUCCAGCAUCUUCACAAGUUCCUUUGCUGUUGUUCUGGGAUUGCUUUGCACUUUUCGCACCAAAGUACAUUCAUCUUUAGGAGACAGAACGUGUCUUCUUCCUGAGCAGCUGCGUGGUCCCAUGGUGUUUAUACUUCCGUACUGUUGUUUGUACAGAUGAACGUGGUACCUUCAGGCUUUUGGAAAUUGCUCCCAGGGAUGAACCAGACUUGUGGAGGUCUACACAUUUUUUUUCUGAGGUCUUGGCUGCUUUCUUUUGAUUUCCCCGUGAUGUCAAGCAAGGAGGCACUGAGUUUGAAAGUAGGCCUUGAAAUACAUCCACAGGUACACCUCCAAUUGACUCAAAUGAUGUCAAUUAGCCUAUCAGAAGCUUCAAAGCCAUGACAUCAUUUUCUGGAAUUUUCCAAGCUGUUUAAAGUCAGUCAACUCAGUGUAUGUAAACCUCUGACCCACUGGAAUUGUGAUACAGUGAAAUAAUAUGUCUGUAAACAAUUGUUGGGAAAAUGACUUGUCAUGCACAAAGUAGAUGUCCUAACCGACUUGCCAAAACAAUAGUUUAUCAAGAAAUUGGUGGAGUGGUUGAAAAACGAGUGUUAAUGACUCCAACCUAAGUGUAUAUAAACUUUAGACUUCAACUGUGUGUAUAUAUAUGUGUGUGUGUGUGUGUGUGUGUGUAUAUACGUACAUACAUACACACUGUACUGUACCAGUCAAAAGUUUGGACACACGUACUCAUUCAAGGGGUUUUCUUUAUUUUUUACUAUUUUCUACAUUGUAAAAUAAUAGUGAAGACAGCAAAACUAUGAAAUAACACAUAUGGAAUCAUGUAGUAACAAAAACAAAUCAAAAUAUAUUUUAUAUUCUAAAAAGUAGCCACCCUUGGCACACUCAACUAGCUUAACGAGGUAGUCACCUGGAAUGCUUUUCCAACCAUUUUUAAGGAGUUCCCUCAUAUGCUGAGCACUUGUUGGCUGCUUUUCCUUCACUCUGCGGUUCAACUCUUCCCAAACCAUCUCAAUUGGGUUGAGGUCGGGGGGUUGUGGAGGCCAGGUCAUCUGAUGCAGCACUCCAUCACUCUCCUUGGUCAAAUAGCCCUUACACAGCCAGGAAGUGUGUUUUGUGUCAUUGUCCUGUUUGAAAAACAAAUGAUAGUACCACUAAGCGCAAACCAGAUGGGAUGGCAUAUCGCUGUAGAAUGCUGUGGUAGCCAUGCUGGUUAAGUGUGCAUUGAAUUCAAAAUAAAUCAGACAGUGUCUACAGCAAAGCACCAUCACACCUCCAUGCUUCACAGUGGGAACCACAUAUGCGGAGAUCAUCUGUUGACCUCCUCUGCGUCUCACAAAGACACGGCGGUUGGAACCCAAAAUCUCAAAUUUUGACUCAUCAGACCAAAGGACAGAUUUCCACCGGUCUAAAGUCCAUUGCUCGUGUGUCUUGGCCCAAGCAAGUCUCUUAUUAUUGGUGUCCUUAUAGUGGUUUCUUUGCAGCAAAUUGACCAUGAAGGCCUGAUUCUCAGUCUCCUCUGAACAGUUGAUAUGUGUAUGUUACUUGAACUCUGUGAGGUGCUGAGAUGCAGUUAAUUUCAGAUUUAUCUGGGUCUUCCUUUCCUGUGGCAGUCCUGAUGAGAGCCAGUUUUAUCAUAGCUCUUGGUUUUUACGACUGCACUUGAAAAAACAUCCAACGUUCUUGAAAUUUUCCAGAUUGACUUAAAGUAAUCCAUAAUUAUGGACUGUCAUUUCUCUUUGCUUAUUUGAGCUGUUUUUGCCCUAAUAUGGACUUGGUCUGUAUCUUCUGCAUACCACCCCUAACUUGUCAUAACCCAACUGAUAGGCUCAAACACAUAAAGGAAAGAAAUUCCACAAAUUAACUUAAGGCACACCUGUUAAUUGAAAUGCAUUCCAGGUGACUCCCUCAUGAAGCUGGUUGAGAGAAUGCCAAGAUGAUAUCAAGGCUCGCUACUUUGAAAAAUCUAAAAUAUUUGUUUUAACACCCUUUUUGGGGUUACUUGAUUCAAUAUGUUAUUUCAUAGUGUUGAUGUCUUCACUAUUAUUCUACGAAGUUGACAAGUAAAAAUAAAGAAAAACCCUUGAAUUUGUGGGCGUGCCCAAACUUUUGAAUGGUACUGUAUAUUUGCUGAAAUGUUAAAAAUAUUUUUUAUUCAGUGUUUUGCUCAGCUGGGUGGAACAGUUUGCUCUUCUAAAUGGAUAAUUUGUGUAUGUAAAUAGCGAUAAAGAUGUCAGUCUUGAUGAUGUGGCCUUUAUUCAUCAGAUAAGGAAUCUCCAGCACUUUUCUAUGGCAAUAAAAUAUUUUGAAGCUCA